AUGGUGGGUCGGCUCAGCUUGCGGGAGGUGCCCGACCUCCCGGACAUGAGGAAACGGGGCGACUCGGGGCUCGACAGCCCCGACUCCGGGCUGCCUCCCAGCCCCGGGCCCGCCCCCUCGCCCUGGCUCCUCUCCUCCGGCAGCCCCGAGCGCGCCGCGACCAACGGGCUGCCGGAGCCCGACCCGCCCGCACCCGCCGCCGCGGUGAGUACCGGCCCCGGCCGCCCCCGCUACUCCUCUCUUCCUGUUCUCUCCAGCUGCUCUCCAAGAUUGUGUCCUUUAUCCUUCGGCGAAGGAGUUGAGUUUGACCCUUUACCAGCCAAGGAAAUAAGGUACACAUCCUCAGUUAGAUAUGACUCAGAGAAGCACUUCAUCGACGACGUCUAUAUGCCGGUGGGCUUCAGCGUUUCCUCCUGCAGCCAGACGGUCGUCUGUGUCCCGAACUGCACGUGGCGCAGUUACAAAGCAGAGGUUCACCUCCGGCCCCGCAACAAGCCCCAGCGAUUCACCAGCACCACCAUCGUCUACCCCAAGCACGCCAAGACUGUCUACACCACCAGGCUGGAUUACAACUGUCGUAAGACCACGCGGCGGUUCCUCUCCAGCAUAGAGCUGGACAUGUCGGAGUACCUUGGGAGCGACUCUGUCCUGGAUGGGUGCUGACUGACAGCCACCUCUCUCUCGCUCUGAUCCAUCCCAUUCCCAUCUCAUGUACUGUGCUAACUCUACACUCUCUGAAGCGGGUGCAGACCCUAACUCUCUGGGCAGGUUAAGGGAACCUUACCUGUCACCACCUCUUUCUCAGCUCUUAAUUCCUGCUUUAAGUAUCAGAAUGGCCUGAAUGCAGUUUUAUGUGGGAACAUAACUUAGUAAGGAACUAAUUUCUUCACCUUUUAAAGUCCUGAGUACCCUCCCCUUCCCCACAGUGCAGUAGUCAGAUGAAAAUAACUGGAAAUACUCUUCCUGAGAAAAAAAUUGACAGGUAAGAAAGAACAUGGAGUGGUGGUUGGCAGGUGGAAAUCCAUUUGAUGCUUUGUGAUGAUGUGCAAAAAUAGGGGUAGUUUGCUGUCUUACAGUGAACUGACCCCACCAGAUCAAUUGAUUACAUAUAGAUAGCCAGAGCUGUCCUCCAUUUCAGUUUAGAUCAGGAGACUGCUUUCUCUAGAAGAACCAUCUCCUGGAAGCAGCAAACAGAAAAAUCUGCAAUUCUGUAUUUAACAGAUGCAGAAAUGCAGCUUUCACAUCCAGCUUGAAGGUGUGAGUUAGAAAGAGGAGCAGGUUUGCAGCUCCAGGCAGCAGAGAAAGGAUCAAGAAAUUCUGGCACAAUGCAUUUUCUCUGCUUAGAGUGACUUCUACAGCACUGCAGUCUGUGUCAGACACUGGCAUCUGUGUGUGGUAGGGCUUGUAAUGAAGAAUGUCAGGCCAGAAGUUGUCCCUGUAUUGCUGGAAAUUUAGGUGCAUGGUGGUGGAAAACCACCAGUGCCCAGUUUUUCCUGACACUGUACUGUCUGCGCUAGGGGAGCUGCAGCUAGGAACACCUUAGAAAGUGCCCUGUGUGUACAGGGACCUGGAAUGGAGGAGGAGAUGCUGGGACUGGGUGUGAGACACUGUUGUGGUGAAGAGUAGCAGGGGACAUUCUAGUUCCAUAGCAAAAUCCACAGCUGUAGCUUCUCAUUGCACAGGUACUUUCUGGACUUUGGUAUUCAGGAUGUCACUGGCGUGGGGUAGCAUUUAUCUGUCUGUAGGCUGCUGAAUAACCUCUCCAGUCCCAAGUGCAUGACGAGUUUGGGGACCAAAGGAAUAACUUCAGAUACUAUGGAAGUCCAUCUUGAGGUUACAUGCGUUAGUUUAUCUUGUGCUUUGACGAAGAUAAGAUGUAGAGGUUUUUUUUUUGACCCAGGUGUUUUUUUCUAUAAUGACAGGGAGCAGUGUAGUGUGGAGAGCAUCCACUUUGGGAGCGUGGCUUGCCUUGGUGGCUAGUGUGGUGUAGCAGCUCAGAAACACUUGGUAGACUUGACUUAGCUGGACACAGCUUUUCCAUGUAUUCCAAAACUCCUCUGAGGUGUAGGUCACCUUCUGAUGCAACAUCAACCCUGGACCUGCUUUUAAAGAGGUCUUUGCUAGUGCAUAGCCCACAGGGCGAAUUUUGUCAGUGGCAAGUUAGAUACUCAGGAGGCUGUUCUUGAGCUGUCCUUAAAGUGUGUUUGUGCAAGUGUGAUGAUGAAGAAUGUGGAAGUGUACUACAUGUGUGUGAACAGAAAUGGUUUGGGAGACUGAAAAUGCAGCACGAGGGAAGGUUUGAGUUUGUGUAGUUUAGGGGGUUUUGUUGGUUUGGUUUUUUACUUAUUUAUUGGCUCAGAACAGAACAUCCUUAAUUUUGGCACUUGCCUCAGAAAGCCAGAUCCUAAAACAAUCCUAAAAAAAACAACAGAAUCCUAAACCAGGGUGACAGAGGAUGCCAGAGUCGGGCAGGCAUUGCUUCAGAGUUGGUCAGAGCAGUGUGGUCUUGUCCUUAAACAUGUUGGUUUCAGACUACAGUACUUUGGAGAUGUGCCUUAAAUACAUGUUGGAAUCCUCCCCUGAAUGUUACCCCAAGAUCUAUUUGUUGUGUAACAGACUCAGAAAAGGCACAACUCUGCCCCUAAGUGUGAGGUUUCAGAUGGACAGAAUUCUUUGGGAAAGCUCUUGUAUCAUUGCUGGCUUCACAGUUUCAUGUACCUGGCUCCUGAAACAUCUGGUGCUGGCCACUGUUGGACACAGGACGCUGGAAGAACACGGACCCAGGAUUGCUCUGACAAUGCUCUUCCACUGAAUUCAUUUGCAGGAGAUCUAAGAGAAGAUUGUUUUAAGUAGUAAUCAUUAAUUGUCCCUAGUUAGACAUGAAAUGCCCCUUACACUAUGGUUUUAGGAUAACGCACCUGAUUUUUGUAAAGCAAACUUAAUUAAUUGUGUACCUCUUAAAUGUUUUAAUUGGUAGAGAUACCUUUUAAAUUAUUUAUAUUCCAACAUUUGCAAAGCUCAGAUUUAGCUCUGUGCAAGUGUUCUGAUGUCUGUGACGUUUCCCACCUUCCCCUUUUGAAUUUUCAA